AUGGAUAACACAUAUUAUAGUCCUAGCAGUAAGGAUGAUCACCAGUAUACUGGUGAUGAAGAUGAUGUUCGACUACCAGGAUUUCGGUUUCACCCAACAGAUGAAGAACCUGUAGACUUCUAUCUUUGUCGAAUGAUUCAGAAGAAACCAAUCAGCUUAGAGCUCAUCAAAUCAAUUGACAUCUACAAACAUGAUCCUUGGGAUCUUCCAAAAACCGCAGGAGAUAAGGAAUGGUACUUCUUCUGUAAAAGAGGGAGAAAGUACAAGAACAGCAUCAGACCUAACAGAGUAACAGGUUCUGGAUUUUGGAAGGCAACUGGAAUCGACAAGCCGAUACAUUCCCACGGAGGAGAGGGCCAUGCCUGCAUUGGCCUAAAGAAAACAUUGGUUUACUACUGUGGAAGUGCAGGCAAAGGCAGCAAAACCGAUUGGAUGAUGCAAGAGUUUCGCCUUCCUAAUUCCUCUAGCUCGUAUGAACACAAUAACCGAAGCUCUAACACUAAGAAUAUGAAUACUGAUCUUCAGCAACAAGCUGAAAUAUGGACAUUGUGUCGGAUAUUCAAAAGAAAUGUUUCAUAAAAGUACACCCCAGAUUGAAGAGAUCUAUCUGCAGCUAAACGUCAUCCAACGGACACCAUAAACUCCAAGAAAUUUGCUACUGAUCGACAAGACCAUCUCGAACAAUCUAACACUUAUAUCAGUUUCGGUGCUUCCGACAUUUACUACGAGGAGAAGAAGCCUGUUGUGAAUCAUACCAACAAUAUAAACAGUAUUAUUAAUGGAAGUCACCAAUUGCAUGUGCAUGCAGCAGGCCAGUUGAGCUCCAACAUGCAGCAGCCUAAUUUAACACAUCCGUACAUGGAAAAGUUCUCAAAUUUUUCGUUUCAAGAUCAUGAUCUUCUGAAUGAAAAUUGGGAUGAGCUUAGAUUAGUCGUACAACAGCUUGCUUUUGAUCCGACGGCGUUUCUUGUGUAA